GUCCCGAUGGCGCACAGGGGCAUCAUUUGCCAUGGGUACUGCAACAAUUUGGGUCAUUUUAGACUUGAUGGGAAGUUGGUAUGAUGAUGUGGACGGACGCAGCCGCCUAGAUCUUGAGCGACAUUAAUAUCAUGCUUAAACUACAAAUGGCGACGUUUUCUUCAGUUUCUCUUGUCGUCCCACCUUUGUUUCCCUCUGUCUACGAAAAAAAUUCAAAACCAGUUGCGGAGUGCGCUGAAUCAUUGCAGCUACAAAUACUACGAGAUGGACCCGUUAUCCACCAGUUGCAGCCACAUCAACUUCGAAAGGAUCCAUCACGACCUAUCAUGAGCAAAAACGUCCCCACCCCAGAGUCAAGAUGGAGAUUUUGCAACACAAACCUAGAAGUUUUGCCCGUCACACAUGACAAGUUUCAGGCUGUAGUGUAGUGCAGUUUAGCAAGGGAGUCCGCAUAACAACUCCAUCUCCUCAUCCUGUUUACAGCAUUACAAGUUCCAAAACACGAUUGGAAGUGCCUCUCUGGGAGAUGCGCAUCACAAAUAAUGCUCCAGCGCCUGGGGAGGCUUGCUUCCCCAGCGAUAAUGGACAAUGGCAAUGUCGGCGCGGUUGUUUUAGCAUCACAAAUAAUGCUCCGGUACUUGCUAAUCUGCAUGACACCUAUGGGGCAAAAGUAAGGUGAUUGCGAAUGAGGUUGGAUAUAGUGGCCGGGAGAUGAUGGUGAUGGGACUUUGGUGUCCGCCUGACCCACCCGCCCGGCGCGUCAAGCGAUCUGCGGCCAUGGUGAAGUGUGCUUGCGCGUGGUUACUUAGGCCGGGAUCGAGGCUUAUGCGUAUUUUAUUGUUUGUAUGAGGCGACCUGCCCGGUCGGAGUCGCAUAGUCUUUUUAUUUGUCCGCCACGUUUUGGUUUUCGUACUCCUUGUUUCAUGAUGAGCUUUAAGUGGUGGUAUUUCUUGCUGCUAGUGCAUUAUUCGCUGGUGAUUCGUUGCCAUGUGGAUCUUGACGUGCGAAAUUUUUGCAACUGUAUUUUCACCGUCGCCUGAGCAAAAAGAAGAUAGAUAUUCAUUUGUUUCGGAGGCCCGCUCCCCUCCUAGCUCUAGUUUCUUCAGCCGAUCCGAAGGUAGUUUGUGUGUGCGCUCUGGUUUUUCGAUAACGAGCACUGUUUUGCAUGCAAAAUCGGAAAACCGCCUCUGAUCCGUGUUGUCUGGGGACACGUUGUAUGAUUUCGAGAACACGCACCUACUAGCCCGAGGGGGUGCGGGAGCCUGAAAAAAAAUUUAGCAUGACAACUAUGGGGCCGUUUGCACACGGGAGGCAAAGUGUAAGUGUGUCGCACUUCUGUUUAGCAUGACAAAAGUAAGGUGAUUGCGAAUGAGGUUGGAUAUAGUGGCCGGGAGAUGAUGGUGAUGGCACUUAGGUGUCCGCCUGACCCACCCGCCCUGCGUGUCAAGCCAUCUGCGGCCAUGGUACAAUGGGGGGGCAAAGUGUGUCGCAUUUUGUUUAGCAUGACAACUAUGGGGUGGGGACGAUUUUACAUAGGAUACGACCUCGGGUACAAAAUCCAGGAGCGCUGGUUGGAAGAAGAUGAAAUCGUGCCGUGGUUCCAAACCGGGCCCGUCUACCCCGCUUCAGAAGGAGAAGGCGCGGGCGAGGACGACGAGUGAAAUUUUACGGUUGCACGGCAACAACUUUGUUGAACACAUGGGUAUCAAUCUGUGACGACAAACGACUGAAAGAGACACGAAAGGAAAACCAACAACGACGGCCAGAAUCCUACUUCAUAAUAUUGAAACUACGAUCGAGUGAAAAACUUUAACUUACUACUAUAAUGGAUGAGCAAACUACAUCCGUGGAAAAAAUGCAGUCAUGAGCUGGCUCUAGACCAAUUCAUUCAAUU